AACUUCGAAACUGACACUGCGACUACUCAACUACGUAGUGUGCGGCGAAAAUAUGCAGGGAAAAGCAUGCAUUGAGCGGGCACUUCGGCCUCUGCUGAGACUUCGAUGGCAGCCCAGAGCAGGGCAGCGAUGCCAGCAGCACACUGCCACUUUCAAAUUACCACAGGAUAUUGGCAUCGGUGGAUACUCCCUUCUGGCCAUCCCCAUCGCAACCUUUGCCCUGGGAACAUGGCAGGUGAAAAGGCGGAAAUGGAAGUUGCAGCUCAUUGAUGACCUUGCCAAGAAGACGACGAUUCCUGCUGUAGACCUGCCAGAAGAUCUGAGAGAGCUGAACAACAUGGAGUACCGGCAGGUGAGGGUUACAGGCACCUUUGACCACGAGAGGGAGAUGUACGUGGGCCCACGGUCAUGCAUCAAGCAAGAGGAAGACUCCGAGGAAGGUCCACAGAAGAGGAGAGGUGGCAUCAUCUCUGCACCAGGACAGACGGGAUACCUGGUCAUCACACCAUUCAAGCCGAAGGGCCGAGACUUUACAAUCCUCGUGAACCGUGGCUGGGUCCCAAAGUCUGCAUUACCACCCCAUAAGCGGCUACAAGGGCAGAUAGAGGGUGAGGUGAACCUGGUCGGCAUAGUGCGCAGUCCAGAAAAGAGGCCACCUCUUGGCCCCAAGAACCAAAGCACAGACCACACCUGGCAUUACAAAGAUGUGGAACAGAUGGCUCGGGCCUGUGGAGCUGCACCUGUCCUUCUUGAUGCAGACUUUGAGAGCACUGUUGAAGGUGGACCCAUUGGAGGUCAAACGAAAGUGACUCUUCGAAAUGAACACUUCUCAUAUAUCAUCACUUGGUACUCAUUGAGUGCCGCCACUGCGUUCCUCUGGUACCACAAAUACAUUCGUCGUCGACCUCUCAUGUGACAUCUGCAGUGCAGUUAACACUGGCUGUGUGUACAUCGUAGGAAAAAGGUUCAGAGGAAGCUUACUAAGUAAAGCUGUACAAUAAAAUGUUUUGUGACUGUGAACGAGUUAAAUAAAAAUCUCACUUAGCA